AUGAACGAAGAUAACUCCAAAAAUCACCAGAGAAGUAUUCUCGAGCAGGUUCCCGCAACACAGCUCGUGUCAGAACGUUACAAAUGCUACAAAAUGCACGAAUUACUUGAGUCCCUGGAUCUAAAACUAGAAUUAUUGGAGGCAAUGAAUAGUCUAGAUGUUCUGAUGGUUUGGAGGGACGAGUUCAAUGCUAACAUCAAUGUUUUAAACAAAAAAUCCCUUGCUGCUUUCCAUAAAAAGUACAGCUCUCUCCAAGGAACCGCUAAGUCGCCGCCAAUACAUUCACAGUAUCUCAAUCAGUCUCAGGGAUCCAAGAGAGCUUCAGGUCUACAGAUAUCUGAAAUCAUAGAUCUGCCUUUUGAUAGCAAUGAAGGCUACAUAGACAUUGGCGUGGGAAAUGCCAGUGAAAAGUCCAGCAACUCGUUUGACUAUUUCAUAUCUCAUGAUGUUGCGCAAAGUACAACUACCAUAGCACCACUACCGAGCAACCAAAUGCCCAAAUAUCCAUUGAUCAUUCGAGAUAUGGACGAGAAGCAAAUGUUUAAUGGAAAUGGAACGAUAGACUCAGAAUUUGCCGUUCAGUAUGCUGAAAACCAAAUGAAAACCGCAAACUCGGAUUUUCGAGCUCCACUUGAUAUUCAACCUUCACAUUCACCGCCUCAAGAGAUGUCGCCUCAGCUGAUGUCUAACUCUGAAAAGAUACCCGGAUCCACGUCAGCUAGAAGGAGAGGCUAUCCCCAUAUUUUCAAUGUUUGCUCCAAGACAUUCACAAGGGGGACUACACUCCGUGAACAUGAACUGAGUCAUACAAAUAUGAGGCCUUACAAAUGCAGUACCUGCAAAAAGGGCUUCUCGAGGCGCAAGGACUGUCUUCGCCAUCAGCUCCUACAUGCGAAUACCAAGAAGUUCUAA